CGAGGAGGACAGGAGGACACUUCACCGGGACUUUUACAAAGGCAGCGCAUGGACGGGAGAGGGACGUAUAAACAAACUUUUUAAAAUAAAGUUUGCAGGUUGCAUGGCAAGCUGAUUUGAUGCAUGGCAUUUGCAUGAGUGCAUUCAGGCUCUCUGUGGGAUUUCAAACCAGUGUCUGAGGCCAUGGCCCAAACCAUGCACGUUAACGGCAAUGGCUCAGAAAAAGAUGAUGACGAGAAGGACCCUUACUGCUUGGAAACCCCAUAUGGUUAUCAGCUAGACCUGGAUUUCCUUAAGUAUGUUGAUGAUAUUGAGCGGGGCAACACCAUCAAGAAGCUAAACAUCCAGAGGAAGCCAAAAGUGGUCAGGUCUGUGCCGCCUCCUCGGAGCAGUUGCAGUGGCCAGACUGAGUGGACUUCAACAGACUCCUUGUCCUCUUCCAACAGCGAUGAGAGCAAACAGUCAUCUGUUUACUUCACGCCUCAGAACCAGGUAGCCCCCCCUGGCCAUACUGCCCAAGUUCAUGAAGCUCCCCAAGCCUUUGUGAACGUCCCUGAGACCAAGCAUUUGCUGCCACCACCUUCUCCCCGCCUUCUUCGCCAUAACCCCCAGGUGGAGAAAACACUGAUGGAGACUCGAAGGCGACUGGAGCAAGAGCGGCUUCUUAUGCAGCCACCAGUCAACGAGCCGCCUCGCAGGCGAUUGGCCAGUUUUGGCGGAAUGGGCUCAUCCAGUUCGCUGUCCUCUUACAAUGGCUCCUAUGGGCCAAGCCAGAUUUCCCCUAGCUUGCAUUCUUUCCAACACAAUGGACAUCUAGGCAAUGGCGAGUACAACCCCUACUUCACAUCCUCUAUGGGUAGUUCUAUCCGCCACAGUCCCCUCAGCUCAGGCAUGACCACACCAGUGACCAAUGUUAGCCCCCUGCACCUCCAGCACAUUCGAGAACAGAUGGUAGUGGCUUUAAAGAGACUAAAAGAACUGGAAGAGCAGGUAAAGACCAUCCCAAUUCUUCAAGUCAAGAUAUCAGUCUUGCAAGAAGAGAAAAGGCAACUAGUGUCCAAAAUGAAUAACUCCAAGGUAGCGGGGCAGGGUCCAUGUGGAGGUUUUAGGAAGCGCUCUUAUAGUGUUGGCAGUGCUGAUCAGUAUGAGCCCCUGAGCCAGCUUAGGACAGGCUCUGAACUUCACAUUGAGGAGAUGGAGAACACUGAGCAGAGCACCCAAAGGCUACAAGAGUUUAGGCAAUUGACAGCUGAGGUGGAGGCUCUGGAGAGGAACAUACAGGACAAUGGUGAGGAAAUAGAGCACAGCUUACACCAAACAGAGCAAAAAACAAACCAAAACACCCAGCGGUGGAGUCGUGAGAGCAAGUCUAUUGGUGUCGGAGCCGAUGAGAACAUGAACGAUGUGGUUGUUUACCGAAAGUCUCCUGGGAAAAGCAGAGAUGUGGCUGUUGGAACGGAGCAUGAGGUGAAGAGCACAUGUGUUGGUGUGACUGAAGCCAUGCUAGGAAUGAGCAGUGAGGUAGAAGCUGAAAUUGAGAUGCAACACCAGACCAUCGAAGCUCUCAAAGAAAAGAUAUAUAGACUGGAGGUCCAACUUAAGGAGACCACCCACGAAAUGGAGAUGGGAAAGCUAAAGCUUCAGCUUCAAGUGGCUGGAUCGAGAAAAAAAACAGACAAGGGUAUGAUGGCUAGGCCAGAGAUGUACAGCAUUUCAGUGGAGGCCAGAGUGUCCACAGAGAGCCAAGGUGUUGGCAACCAUGUUGAGUUUAAUGACGCAAGCACAAAUCAUGUCCCAAAAAUGAAUUCAGUUGGCAUUACUUGCAGACCAGAUGCAAGGCAUGCUUUGGUGGGUCAAGAGUUGCCAAUGGAGAGAUGGGUUGUACAAGAACGUGCUGAGGUUCAUGAUCAGUGUGUUGGCAGACAGGUUGUGAUGUGCAACCAGAGUGUGGGAGUGGAAUUAAGUGUAUGUGAAAUGGGGAUCAACACGGAGUUAACGGCUGAAGAUUUAGGACUUUGCAAAAGAGAGGCUGAACAAGCCAGAGAGUUCAGGUCUAUUGGAUGUGGAGAUUGUUCAGUGGAUGUAAUGGUCAGGCCCAUCAAGGAGAUGGUAACCCAGAGCUCAGCAACAGAUGAUGUUCACAGAACUGAUUUUGGAGUCAUGGUCUUACCCAUGUGUGCUUCACAGUACACAAUCACAGAAAUCGAGACAAUAGCCAAGUUAACCAAUACAGACAAUGCCAUUCUUACUGAUUCCUGCACUAAUACACAAUCAUACUCAAAAGACAAACAAGUAAGCACUGUACCAGUGGAGACUCGUACAAUAGCCAUUGGGGAUGGUCUUGUAAAAGAUGUGCCAGCCACAUUGAAAACACGCUCCGUUUCAGUAGGUACUACAGCAUCUGAGGAGAUUAUGCUUGAUUUGUCAGCAUCUUGCAAAACUAAAGAGGCUGGGGUUGGCCACCUUAACAUACAUGAAAACUUCUUAGUCGGUCAGAAGACAAGGAAUAUUGCCUGUGGCCCCUGUCAGUCUCCUGCCCCGACCCAAGUUAAGAUUAUGCCUGUAGGAUCAAUGCCAUCAGCAGGACCCAUCCAGCCACCAGCUGGGGCAGGUGUUGGACUUGAUCACUACAUAGAGAGAGUGCAAAAGCUCUUGCAGGAACAGCAGAUGUUGCUUGCUCAGAACUACAGUGAGCUGGCAGAUGCAUUUGACCCACCUCAACAAUCCCAGUUUAGCUCCAUCAACAGUGAGCUAGUUACUACACUAUCAUCCAUCAAUUCAGUUAUGAAGUAUGGAAGUGUUGAGGAGCUCUGCAAUGUGGACCUUCUAAGGCAGCAGGAGAAAUCAGACUACACUGUGAAAGAAACUCAGAUGGUCAAUGCAGUCGAUUCCCACUCUAGUAGUGUGAGAACAGAGGUCUCACGGAUAGAAAAUGUCUAUACUGACGACUCGCAUGAACACAGUACAGCUACACAGAAAAGCCGCAUGGACCAGCAAAUGUCCACAGCAUUGCAUGGCAGUCACAGCACCCUGAAGUCCAUCAUGAAGAAAGACGGUCAUCAGGGACCUAAUGGCACAAAAAAGAACUUGCAGUUUGUUGGUGUGAAUGGAGGGUACGAGACAACAUCGAGCGAUGACUCCAGCUCAGAAGAGAGCAGCUCCUCUGGGUCAGAGGAUGAAGGGGAGGAGAAAGACAAGAUGGCGAAUGUGAGAGAAAGGAGGAAAGAAGAAUUCCGAAACAAUGAAGCAGUGGAUGAAGAUAGAGACACUGAAGAUUUAGGCCAGGACAAAAGGCAGAGGUAUGAUUUGAAUGAGAAGAUGCUUUCUGCAUGCAACAUGCUGAAAUCCCACCUCAGCGACCCCAAGACUCUAUCCAGUAAAGAUGUGAGGCCAUAUGUGAACACAGUGCAGCACGAGUGGUUCCGUGUGUCCAGUCAGAAGACGGCCGUGGCAGAGAUGGUGGAGGAUUACCUGAAUGCUUUCAGAGGCAUCUGCCCUGUCCUGCUACAACACAUUGUAAAUAUGGCUGAUGGCAACGGAAACACCGCCCUCCAUUACAGUGUAUCCCAUUCCAACUUCCACAUUGUAAAAAAGCUGCUGGAUGCUGACGUCUGCAAUGUCAAUCAGCAGAACAAGGCGGGCUAUACUCCCAUCAUGCUAGCAGCACUAGCUGCCGUGGAGGCCCCGAAGGACAUGAGGGUGGUUGAAGAGCUGUUCAGCAAAGGAGAUGUCAACGCAAAAGCCAGCCAGGCUGGUCAGACAGGGUUGAUGCUGGCUGUCAGUCAUGGCAGAAUGGACAUGGUGAAGGCUCUGCUCGCCUGCGGCGCAGACGUCAACAUCCAGGACGAUGAGGGCUCGACCGCGCUCAUGUGCGCUAGUGAACACGGCCACGUUGAGAUAGUCAAGCUGCUGCUGGCUCAGCCGGGCUGCGACGCCACACUCAGCGAUAAUGAUGAGAGUAAUGCCCUGUCAAUUGCUCUGGAAGCGGGUCAUAAGGACAUAGCAGUGUUGCUGUAUGCCCAUAUGAACUUCUCCAAAGCACAAUCACCAGGUACGCCUCGUCUUGGGAGGAAGACUUCACCCAGUCCUACAAGGAAGGGACAUGUUUGAUUGGAGAGCUUUUAGCCCACCCUGCCCGAGCUGCUAUUUUUUCAGGUUCUGCCAUGCCUACCAUUUUCAUCAGCUAGAAACCAAAUCUAAAGCUAAAAGACUGAAAACUUACUUCAAACCUCAACUAAUGGAUAGUAGGCAAUUAUACUGAGCACUUUUGCAAAUGUCUUCUUAGUGAUGUCUUUCUCCUUGGCUUUCAGAUUAUAUAAUACAAAUGGACUUGCUAGCUAAGAGUCAGACCUUUCAAGACCUCAAAUCUGUACUCACCCUGAAUGUAUUUUGAAACGAAGUAUUUCUUCUGCCUGAAAUCACCAGCAUAAUAUCAGAGCUAGACGUCAACUGGAACGUGUCUAUGGAGUUGCCUUCAGAUUUUUUGUUUAUUCUCCUAUAAAUGUCAUUUUAUAAUAUAUGAAAAUGUCUUGAUAUUUUUCCUCCUUUAAGUGGCCUAAAGCUUAUCUAUAGUCCUGUUCAAAGCUGCCCCCCCCCCCUUAUUCUUUUUUUUUUUAAAUCAAUAAUUUAUAAUUCCAAGAUGGAGCCAAUGUUGCCUGACAAUGAGUUUUAUAUUUGAACCAUGUAUAUGCUGCCCAAUAUUUUCAGCCUUAAUAGUUUAAAUCUUUUCUCCUCUAUCAAAACCUCAGCAGAGAUGUCCAGUGCAUAUCACAAGUUGAAAUACAGACUUGUUUUAUACAUAUGUUUCUAGAUUGGAAAUGGUUCUUACUUUUAUACUUGCCAUUUCAUCUAUUUAAAAAUCACAGUAGGGAAUUUCAGAUAUGUUUACCAGUUAAAGGUUUUUAUCGGAAAUAAUUGUACUUUCACUGUAUAUAAUGUAUGUUUGCGAUGUGUAGAUGUAAUAGCUUUGGCUGGCCUUUAUGUAAUAAACUUAUGUCUCGCAUCUAAUAUGACAUUUCAUGUAGUCACAAAUAUGAUAACAGAAAACUGCCGAUAGUAGCAUAUAACUCGAUAAUAAAGUACUAAAAUAAAAUGA